UAAUACAUAAAAUUAAAAAAAUAUUAAUAUCUGUUAGAAUAUUUGUAAAUUAGAAAAGAUAUUGAUAAAAUUCCUAUUCUUAAUACUAAUUAAAGAAAAAUGAAUAUGAUAUUUAUUCCAGGUACUCUACUCUAGAGCAAGAAUAACACAUACAGGAUAAUUAAAACUUUAGGUAAAGGACAGUAUGGCACAGUCUAUCUAGCUAUAGAUUCGAAUUAAUAGCAGUAAUUUGCUGUUAAAUAGAUUUUUAGUUAAUCUUUAAUAAAUAAGAAACUCAAUGAAUUACUCAAUUAGGAAUUAACUAUCUAAAAGAUUAUUAAAAGCUAGCAUACAGUAUAAGUUAUAGAAGACUUUUUUGAUCAGAAUUUUAAAACUCAUAUAAUCAUACAAGAAUACUGCGAUGGAGGUGAUUUAGAAUAGUAUGUAAAAAAAUAUAAGUACCUUCCUGAAGCUUAAGCGAUCUCAUACUUAAAAUAAUUACUUCAAGCUUUUAAGGAAUUACAUUUCCAUAAAUGUAUGCACAGAGAUAUCAAGCCCAGUAACAUACUUAUCUCCUAAGGAUUGAUAAAGCUUGGAGAUUUUGGAUUUGCAAAAUAAUUGAAUGAUUAAGAUAUAACUAAAACUGCUUUAGGAACAACUAUUACUAUGGCACCAGAAGUAUUUUACUAACAAGAGUAUAGUUACGAAGCUGAUAUGUUUAGUUUAGGCAUUGUAUUUUAUUAUAUGCUAUUUGGGCAGUAUCCAUUUAAACCUCAAGGUUUGAAUCCUGAGACACUCUUUUUGUAAAUAAAAGAAUAAAACAUUAAUUUUAACUUAAAUGGAGUAACAAUAAGUAGAAAUACUCAAGAUUUAAUAAAAUAAAUGACAGCAUAUGAUAGAAAAUAAAGAAUAACAUGGCUAGGAAUAUACUAACAUCCAGCAUUGCAAGAGUAAUCCAGAUUCCCUCAAGAAGUUAUGAGAUAUGGUAUGGUAUAAACUGAUAACGUUUUUAAUAGAGGAAUUAAUGAAGAGUUUUAUUAAUAAAAUGGUUAAGCCCUAUAUCAGCAAGUUUUCAAAAACCAAAAUGAUGCUCUUGCUUAUUAAUUCAUCUAAAUAAAAUUUGAAAUUUAAGAUAAUUUACCAAACCAGCCUAAUAAGCCUUUUAACUAGCAAAAUAUUAACUUUGUAGAAGAAUAAAACAAGAAGAAACUUCAAUAGUAAGCAGAAUAACAAGAGAAAGAAAAAAAAAUGAUCUUAUAGCAAAAUGAAUAAGAAUUAGAAAAAUAGAAAAUGAUCUUAUAGCAAAAUGAAUAAGAAUUAGAAAAAUAGAAAAUGAUCUAAUAAUAAAAAGAAUAAGAAGAAUUAAAAUAAAAAAUUUUAUAAUAGCAAAUGCAAGAAGAAUAAAAUAAGUUGUAGCAGCUCAUUUAGCAAAAAAAUCAAGACUUUGAAUUAGGAUUGCAGAAAUAUUUCCACAAAAGAAAUACAAAUUGCAUACUGAUUUAGAUGCUUAACUCAAUCAGAAAUCUAAAAGAUUUUAAAAUUAAUUAUUAAAUUCCUGCGUUUUUGACUUGCAAAAAGCUAAUAAAAUUGAUUAAGGAGUAUGGUUAGACUUUGUUAAAUAAAAAUAAUAUUUUUGGAAUGGUUUAUUUUAAAGAAUUUGUAUAAUCAAAAUAAUAUUAAGAUCUAAUUUAAAUGUCGAACAAUGAUUUAGAGAAAGUUAGGCUAGAAUAUCCUUAAAUCUUAUAAGAAUGCAAAGACAAUAUUAAUAAAUUAAGAAUGAAUAAUGCAUAACUCUUAUCGCACUUGACAUCAGAAGAAUGUAAUGAUAAAUUUGAACUUUAGUACAAGGAGUGUUUAAUCAAUUAUUCUCUUUCACUUAGAGAACUAAAAACUUCUGAAGAAACUGAAAAGUAAAGAAAUCUCUUUCAUCAUAUUAUUCUUAUUUCUGAUAUAGCAAAGAUAGAUACAUUUUAAAAAAAUAACUUUAAUUUCGACUUUGAAAGAUACAAAAAAGAAGUUUACAAUACGCCAUUCAAUGAAAUGGAGUCAAAGCUUGAUGAAGCUUGCUUAAAAAUAUUUUCUUGA